AUGGCACCAGAGAUUACCCAUCUUCUAAACUUGGACUUUACCGCAGAGUCUUUCGAGCCAGAGACUGAAAUUUCCCUACCUGAGACUUCAGCGGCCCUGACCAAGGUACCGGAUGAAGAUAUCUACCCAGCACUUGCAUCCCAUAGCGACAUUACAGUGGCUGAGGUUCUGGACCCCAUUCCCCCUCAUAUCUAUCUUAAGCGUCCAUGGCUUUCCUUCUAUGAUGACUAUAAGGAGCAGGAUGCAGUUAAUGCGGUCCCAAUUAUCCUCCUUGGAGAAAUCUAUGCGUUACAGGCUUUGUCGAAGGACCCUCACCCAGGGAUUAUUAAAUACUAUGGGUGUCGGGUUAGCUCAGGAUGGAUCACUGGGUUUGCAUUGGAACAUCACUGGGAAGAUUUAAAGGGAUACAUCCAGGCGAAAAAAGGUCCUCCGAUCGAUGAAGAGCCCUUUCUCGCUGCCCUCAAGUCUGCUAUCUGUCAUGUCCACUCUUGUGGGUUUGCACACAACGAUAUCAAACCAGAUAAUAUUCUUCUUGACAAGGAGCGACUCCCCGUGUUGACCGAUUUUAAUUCUUGUCAGCCAAUUGGGCGCGAGCUUCGAUAUAGUCGGGGUACCCCAGGUUGGACUGACCCAGAAGACCCUUGGGAUAAUUCUGAGACCUGGCAUGACUGGUUUGGUACUGAAAGUAUUUGA